GCCACCUCUUAGCAAAAGCAACAUCGCAGCAAAGCUCUACUCUACUCCAGCGCAAGACCCUCGUUCGGCGAGCGAGCGCCAUGGGCAACUGCCUCAACGCGGCCUCCAAGCAGCAGGACCCGCGGCGGCGGCGCGGGGAGAGGGUCGUGCCGGAGGAGAGGGAGGACACCAUAGCCGACGUCCUGCUGCACGAUGAGGAAGAGGAGGUGCCGGCAACGACGGCGGCGGCGUCGGGGAUGAAGGUGAAGGUGGUGCUCACGCGGGCGGAGCUGGAGUGGCUCAUGGCUCAGCUCAAGAGCGGCGACCAGCGCCUCGAGGACGUGCUGCGCCAGGUCGGCACCGCCCGCACCGGCGCCGCCGCCGACGACAGCAAGCCGACGCCGCGCGCCGACGGGUGGCGCCCGAGGCUCGAGCGCAUCCUCGAGUGCCCCGAGCCCGCCGUCGACGCCACCUAGCUAGCGGCCGUUCCGUACGUUCACUCCGGCUAACUACCGCAGUCGACCAGAGCCAGAUCUCGUCCCUGGGCCGCGCGCGUCUAGCUUUUUCGUGCUUAGAUCCGUCCGUCUGGUGCAUGGUGUGAUACUGUCUUGGCCGAUCCAUGGAGAUGCUUCUUGUUUUUGUUUCUCCAUGUCCCUGAUCUCUCUCCACCAAAGGAUCGAGUAUGUCGAGUGCCCUGGUUUAUGUAGGAUGUACACCGACCAUGCUGUUUUGUACUAGUAGCCUGUUAUUUAGAGUAGUAUCUCUUACUGCUGUUGUGCUCUGCUCCUCCUCGCUUGCGUUUUCCCUCUGAUCUGGUGGUUUGUAAAUACUGUCGUCUCAAUUCUCAAAUGGCAAUGUACCGCGCCGGGCCGUGCUUCAGUUUUUUGCAUCGGAGGUGUGACAAUUUUAGCUCACUUUAGUGGUGCAAUAUUGGAAAACAUAUCAACUUUCUUAA